AACGUCGGGGACCUUUUUAUAAGGAAAAUAGCAAAAGCUGCCUGUUCAAGAAAAAUACAGGAUAUUUUCUCGAGACAAUUCAUAUUUAUAUGAAUUAUCUAUCUCCAACGCUGCAUUCCAAAAACAAUCGUAAGUAAACGAAAACGUGCAAUACCGUAAAUCACGUCAAAAAAACCAACAUGCCACAUCCACUGACACGGCAAAAGACAACUACAAGAUCAUGUAGCACCGAUAUUCAUGCUACCAACGAGUUCUAGCGGCCCAGAGAGAACGAUACAAGGCUGGUGGAGGAAGCCGGCUGUGCGAAUGAGCUGGUGGCAUACCGCUAAUGGGGAGUUCGGCGGGCACGCUGCUUUCACGUGGAGCUAAGGGCGGGAAGGAGAAACCGAAAGAAACCCACCAACAAUGGCGCAAGCCGAAAGAUCUGAAAACCAUCAAGAUUACGAGGGGCACUAAAAAUGCUCGUUCUUGUGGUAUUUUUACUUAACUUGCUACUUAAUUAUCGUGAUACAGAUCGAGUUUGAGGUGAUUUGAAUCUAGAGAGAGACGAUGGCGCAUCUGUGCUAAUCCGAAGGAGAAUGACGCGCGACGCAAGCAGGAGGAGGCAGAGGACAAGCGGAAAAAGGACAUUGCGGAAGCGGAAAAAAAACGUGUCGAAGCAACAGAGAAAGAGCGGCAGCGCCUUUCCCAGGCUGAGGAGGUCGAUGGCGCAGCUCCUGCAGGUGCAGAAUUUAAUUUAUGAAGCGAGCCAAAUGUUGUAGUACUUGUUCCUAAAAAUUCCGUAAGAUUAAAAUCAGCCGCGGUAAAAGCCAAGGAUUCCGUAAGAAUAAGAUCAGUACCAUUCGGUGUAAUCUCUGACUAAAUAGCAUGGAUAUGAUUGUUUCAGCUCAAAUUUGAUCCCUUUAGUAGAUGCAUUCUAGUUCUUCGUGUUGGUGCCGUGUUCGCGUGAUGUAACAGAUGUAUCUUCUUCAUCUUUUGCCGACCUCGGUACCAGCAGUCAAGCGCGAAGUCGGGCUCAAAGCAGCCUGGAUUCUACGACCGGCAGCCACCGCAAGUACUUGGCGGCAGCUUCGGCCCCGCCGCCUCCCGACGAUAGCCACUACUACAACGAAGAAAAUGGGUAUUACUAUCACGUGGAGACGGGUGAACCCUACCUGGAUCCGGAAACGAAUGAGUACUGGCACUAGUAUGGCACGGGGCACACUGCGAGUGCGAACAUGACAGACCAGAUCAAGAUUUUUACUUUUCGCGCAUAUAAUGUCAAUUGUUGUUGGAAAGAAGGAAAAUGCUGUAAGUACUCUGUAAGUAGAUCAAAUUGCCUCACUGCGACUCAGCAUGGGGCUUAUCUCCUCUAAGACCGUGACCCUGCGCUGUUGCAGGAGGAAGCAGCUGCGCCUGCGAAACCCGAGGGGGCCGCGGAGGCCGCUCUGCGUCAGGCGGAGCGAGGUAUCUUCAACAUUAUGGAGCAUGACGAGGUAGUACCUUCGGAAUAUAUCGGAGCGCAGCAGCGGGACCAAAAGCGCAAGGAGCGGGAGGAUGAAGAGCGGCGGAGGCGAGCACAGCAGCAGCUGCUGGCAGACAGACAGCGGACCGAAAAAAUUAUGUGAAGUGCCAGGUUGAUCUUGAUGUUGAAACUCGACUUAUUGUGAUCGUUGUAGUUGGCGGGGAGUUAGAUUCUGACUCUAGUACUAGUACAGUGCAGUAUCAAUGUGAGCUACCACCUCUAACAAGGCAGGAGGAAUGUUUGGGAAGCGACCGGGUGCAGGACUCGUAGCAUUGGAGAACAGUGGAGCUGGAUCGGCAAGUCAGUUUUCCAUACCAGGGGGAAGCAGAUUAUGAGCAGAGCUUAGCAGUGUAACCUUCUCGUAUUACAUGAUUUACUUCUUUUAGAGUGUUUGUGCUUGUGUACUCCACCUGCUCUAAAAUCCGGAGAGUUCGGCAUCGUCGGUCGCAGCACAGGUAGCAACACAUUGCAGCUGCAAGAUGAGUUGGUGACAAAACACGAGAAGCUACAAGUUGGCAACUUCGAGAACACUCUAGUGGACGCGGCAAGUCGAGUGUGGGAGCAGAUAAUGCGUGAGUCUAAAAUCCGACAACAGCAACGCCAAGAUGCUGGAGGACAAGGUUCUGGCGCAGCUGGUCGAACUUCCACCACUGCGAUGGGAGGAGCAGGGACGGCCGCGCCAAGCACGAACCCUGCGCAAUUGCUUGAGCUGAAGAAGAUAUGCAUGGUUAUAGCAUGAAUGGUUAUAGCUGCUACUGCUACAUCAACACUUGGAAGUUAGAAAUAUCACUGCCAAGAACGUAUCGAAGCGAUUCAGUUUUACCUGCUGUAGAAGUACGCAGAAGUAGAUGAUAUUAAGUACAAAUAAUAUGACUAACAAUACUAGACCCCUAGGGCCUCGCUCGAGGUUUCUGCUACUCCUGUCCUGUACUCCUGUCUUGUAUUCUUGUCCUGUGUUCCUGUCCUGUAUGAUGUUGUGCUGCUCGAGGAGGAUCUUCUACUCUUUUGGGACCCGGCGCCCUUUUCUUGGUCUGCCUUUUUCAUACCUCGUAGUGGAAGAAGCGUCAGCACAACUGGAGAAGUGCGAGAACGAUUUGGAAACGUUCGAGCAACAGAAAUACGCGCAAAUUCACGAGUUGGAUCAGUUUUAUGGUUAGAGGAUUUAAUGCACUGCUGUCUUCCAGGCCCCUAGAUCUUCUGGGGCCAUGGCCUUUGAAAUCAAGCCAGAAAUCUUCUAAUUCUAAUUUCUGGAUUGAAUUCAGCAUCAUCUUCUUGGUACUUCUAUCCUUCCUUGGUGUUUCGAUAUCGAUAGAAGAAUACUCAAGGGAAGCAAGAAAAACAACAAGGCUACUGAAAUGAAGGGAAGAACUGCACCGAGAUGGAGGACCCCAGCACACUCACCCAGCACAGCAGCACACUCUUCUAACAUUCAGUCUUGAAGAUUGAGCCGAACGGUGUGCCUGGUGACACCUACGAAUUCCACGUGGACGAAUUCGUCAUUCGAAAGGGCAAGCUCUGCACCGUUGUCCAAAUACACUGGAAUGAAGACCCGCCUUACUUUGAUUAUGUCCUAUCUAAGUUACUUCGGUGGGUGAUGGUUGUAUUAAAAGGAAAUGUUGGAGAAAUGAUGCCGUAAAGGAAAUGUAAGAGGAAAUGUUGGAUUUUGGUUGUAAAAACACAAACAAAACAGUUAAAUUUCCAUUUUUUUAGUCGACGUCGUUCGGCUUGUUUGCACGAGUAGAAGCUGUAGUGGGCGACAUUAUAGUUAAGUAGUGAUAAGAGAAGUGACUUCUUGUCGUUUUCUAACACCUAGUCCAAGCGUGCUAUGGAGGCGACCAAACUGUCGGGACAGAGGCUUCGAAAUUGAAAGCUCUCUCACCAGUUCAGGCUGGACAAGUGAGGCUAAGGCUUGAGAAAAUCCAUCUUCCCCAGCAUCUUCUUCCCGUUUUGAAGAGAAAACAGGACGCAGGAUUCUCAGUAAGAUAGAUUUUUGCAAGGUCUAACGAGGGCAAAGAUGCGCGGGAUAGACCACUUGGAGUCAAAGAUAGCACUGGCUGAGGAGGGUCUGGCUUCCGCGACAUACGAGUUACAGCGCAAUCACGAGGAACUAGAACGCGUUUUUAAGCAACUGGAGGUCGAAAACUUGCAAGGAAAUCAAUCUUAUGACUGACUAUUUCUAUUUGAUGCUUCUUGUCGAGAUCAACAAAAAUACUAAUGGUUGUUCCUCUUAUGACUGGCAUAAAUGAAAAAUGAAGCCUGAAAUUUACCAUGUUCAUCUGAUUGUUCAAAUUCUGGACAUGUAAUAAUAAUUGAUGGCAUGUAAAAAUAAAUGUGAAACGCACACUAGUACGGGGACGGUGCAUGGAGGGUGUAGCAGUUUUUGGUUCCAAGUAGUUUACAAACCUCAUCGAAAUACUUACAGUCAGGUGUGCCUUCUAAGAGCAUGGCGGCGACAACCAGGGUCUUGGCUUGCCUCCUGAAAGCAUGGGUUCCUUUUUGGCUGGGCCCACAGGUCGAGGCGAGGCCGUUGGAAUCGGUGUGCCCGCAGGAUUGCUGAUUCCGGGCUCCGGUGCGGGAGGUGGUGGUGACGCACUGAACAUGACAAGGACUCGUGGACUUGCAGGAGGCAGUAUUCCAAGACCAAUAUCUGCGCGACCAAAAUGGCAACCAGGUAUGGGACCGGCAGGCAUGCCUAGUCUACACACCAUCAAAAAAUGGGCACCGGGUGGGGCCUCUUCGCCAGGUGGGGAUACGGCUCAACCGCCUGGCGCAAGCAGUUAUCCGCAAGCGCAUGUAGCACGGGAAACAUUUCAUGUUCCGUUAGGGCCUGGGAACCGAGAAUAGUUCUUCUACUGUAUAAAAGAUACCUAUUAUAAGAACACUAGCACAGGAAUAGUUCUUCUAAAAAUGUAUAAAAGAUAUCUAUUACUUAUAAGAACUCUCUUUUCACUAAUCUACGUGUACCUGUUCCAUCUAUUAGUAAUUGCUGUGGUUUAUAAGAACACUAGCACAAAAAUAACCUUUAGAUGGGUCGUAGUUCCUUAAGUUAUACAUGAUGCUAAGUUAGCACAAAAAUAACCUUUAGAUGGGUCGUAGGUCCUGAAGUUAAAUGAUGCUCUAAGUUCAGAUCUGGAGAGUAGACGACGGCCGAGCAACGCGGGAAGCGAAGAAAGGGAGUAUCCAGGUGGCGCAGUUGGUUCGAAAGAAGCGGCAGGUCGAGGGACAGUUCAAUACAACAAGACGGGAGUCGUCUCCGGAACUCCGACACAGCCUGCCGCAGUUCCCUUUGGCGGAUUACCUAGUAUGGAAAAAAUACAGAGCGAUCAGCAGAGGUACUUUAUUGAUGACGUGAUCAGCGAGGUAACCGAAUGACAUGUCUGAUCAGACGAGGUACGUAAAUGACAUGCUCUUGUCUUCUUCUUGUACAACUUCUAAGCAUGUGUUGUAGGUAGAUGAGGUCUAAGAUGAAGCGCGUGAUUGAGAAUCGGACCCUGAAGCUUCUUCUUUUGUGACCAGUCUAAUACAAUCUCAAUCGAGUUGUGACCAAUGCAAUACAAUGCUCGUCCUGAUCAUCUAAUAAGAUUUUAGAGUCGUACAACAGGUAUGAGGAGGCGCAGCGUCGGGCAUCGCAGGCGGAGAUGAACUAUCCGACAACUGCAGUUGGUUCCAAAGAACGUGCAGGAGCUUAUGAUCAGGCGCAGGAGCAGAAAAGAAAGCAAGAAGAAGAGCAGCAGCGGCAACGACAACAAGAGCAAGCGGAGGAGGCGCAGAGACGGAGGGCACAGGAGGAGCAGCAAAGGCAGGCAGCGGCGGCUCAAGCCGAGCAGCAAAAGCAAAGGGCAGAGCGCAAAAAUAGUUUGGGCGGUUUGCCGAGUGUACAACGAAUGCAAACAGAUCAAGCCAAGUACUUUCCUCAUUGUCUCUGAGCAGUUGUCACCUUCAAUAUGUCGCUGAAGUUGUGGGUUCUUGUAUGGGCAUUCUCAUCUCGAACUCAACAUAGUCAUUCGUUCGGAUGCUUAAAUGUUGUAUUAUGUCUACUGCGAUAUAAUUAUCCCGAUGAUCUUCAGGUUCGACGAGCAAGAACGGCAGCAGCGUCAGCAGCAGUACGAGCAGCACCAGCAAGAACAACAGCAAGCACCAGCAACAGCAGGCAAGUGGGUUCCUUACUCCACAGAAGAUGGGCAUGUCUUCUACUACAACGACAAGACGCAGGAGUCGGUAUGGGAAUUGCCGCCAGGGGCUGCCGUGGACUACACGAACUGCGCACAGGAUCAAAACGUGGAGGACCAGCGCCAGAAGGAAGAGGAUGCCUACUAUCAGCAAUACGGGUAUGCCAACAAGAAAGCAUAUGAGGACGCGUACUAUGCGAAGCAAGCAGCGACACAGCAACAGCAACAACAGCAUUAAGGACUGAAUUGGCAUAAUCUGCAAAUGCUUUUUUUUUCUAACAUGACUUUUCUUUUUCGAUAAGAUUUCAGUAGUCUUUCCGGUGAAUGCUGAACUAGAAGCAAGAUUAUUUGAGCAAAAUAAUGCGAGGAAAACUCUUUCUUUGGGCAACAAUCAUAUCAAGAGGCCCUCCAUUUCUCAUCUUCUAAUAAAAGCAACAGCAGAAGCAGGCGGAUCCGUUUCAGAAUUUGCGAGAACAUGAAGCGCAACAGCAGAAGCAGCAACAGGAAUGGGCAGAAUGGUACAAACAAUACCAGCAAUGGUACGGUCAACAGCGCGCUGGUUCCCAGCACGAUUUUCAAGCUGCGCAGAACUACCAAAGCCAACAGAGAGCUGGCAGUAAAAUUAUGGCUUCUACUACGUCCUAAUUAUAAUUGCUUCUACCCGAAUAAAGAUUUUUCGCAUUCAAUUUUCAUUUUGAAGAAUAUGGCUAGGUAGUAGUUCACGUUGCCAUUGAUCAGACAUUAGUUUCUUUGCCAGGGGGCACAGACCACCUACUUACACGUCUAACUCCAGUCGCGGAAGCAGCAAAAGCAAGGGUAAGCCAGGUGUGGCAGGGACGUCUCCAGACUCGAAGGAGAAAGCAAAGCAGGAACAGGUGCCAGGUCGUCGCGACCCGAGAGCGAAACCGGAAUUAGACGCCAGAUUCGAGGAUCGCGCGGUCUAUUUGAUGAAAGCAGGUACAAUGUGUGAUCACCGCUUCCUACCUUGAGUUGAAACCGGGCUUCAUCGAGAUGUCCAAUCGCGGUCCCCUCAAGAUUGCUAACCUCAACGUCACUAAGUCUGAAGAUACCAAUGAUUCUUUGUCUCUAAGAUCAUGGAACACCAACAUAGCUAUCAGUAGCAUAAGAUAGGUACUUCCUCUUGAAAUUUCAAUUUUGAAAUUUUAUGGUGUCCUGAAAGAGAUGGAAAUGAUGGUCUCUUAAAAUAAUUCUCAACCUGACAGGUAUCCUGAAAGAGAUGGAGAUGAUGGUGCACAACAAGACAUCCGCAGAAGAGCGAAAGAAAGCUUUGAAAAAGCUGCAUUUCCAAUGGCACCCGGACAAGAAUCCAGACGACCAGGAAGUUGCGAAAACGAUAUUCCAGUUUGUCGAGGAAUGCAAAGUGUGGUUUCUCGAGACCGGUGCGGAAGGCUAAAUGGCUUCAGAUUAUGGACUCUCACUUACUUAAGUAGUUAGACAUCACUCAAUAUUGCAUUUUGAUACACAGACACAGUGUAUUUUUACUUACACAUCAUAGGUACACUUCUUCUUCUUUUUCUUGUUUGACUCACUUAAAUCUUUGUCUGUCUUGCUGUCUCGCUUGGAUUGUUAUUAUUUAACUUGAACACGCACCGUACUCACAUUUAACUUGAACACUUUCUUGAAUAGUCGCUAUGAGCAGAAUUCGUGUUUUUUUGAACUAUAUUUUUUUGCGCCGAUUGUGGUAUUGUAUGUUUGCGAAACGUCUAGCUCUAGCUACUUCGAACAUGUGCAGAUCGUAUGUUUGCGAAAUGUCUGCUUUGCUAAGUUG